GUUUGAGAGAGAGAGAGAGAGAGUCCAUUGACAGGUAGAGUGGAAUCAACACUUUGCUUUGUUUUAGUUUUGGUUUGAAAGGCUUUUUUGGGCUGAAGGGUGAACAGAUAAACCAGCCAUGACAAAGAAAAUGUGGGCUUUGCAGUACCUUUUGUUGAUAGAAUGCUAUCUGGUUUUGACAGCAGAAGGUCAUGUAGUGCAACAACAGAAGGUAGAUGCAGGAAUUCCAGUGAUAACAUUGUCUCCUCCAGAAGGCAACACAACUUUCCUUGACGGCACGACGUGGUGCGUGGCACUUGCUGGGGUCCCUCAAGUUGAUUUGCAGGAUGCAUUAGAUUGGGCGUGUGGACUGGGAAUGGUAGACUGCAAAGAAAUCCAACAGGGCGGGAAAUGUUUUGAGCCAGAAACUCUCUUGUCUCAUGCAUCCUAUGCUUUCAACAACUAUUACCAACAGAAUGGGAAUUCUGAUAUUGCUUGCAAUUUUGGAGGAACUGCUGCCGUAACCAAAAAUAAUCCAAGUUACGGAAAAUGUGUCUACAGCACACCUGGAUCUAUCUCUUCAGCAGCUUCAAUAUUAAUGUCCAAGAAUAGUAGUCCAGGCUCUCUGUGGUGGAAACUUGCACUGCUUGUGCUUUUGUAGUUUGGAAGCUGAUCCAUGGUUUGAGUAAUUAGGGAAAAGUAAAAUCUCUGGCUCAUAUGAAGCUGUUGAAUGUUCUAAAAAGAGAAAGCAUUUUGUAAUUGUUGUUUGGUAAAUUAAUAUUCCUGUCUGUCUUUGU